AUGUCCGUAACACCUGAAAAUCUCGCUCACCGCCUCGCCGGUCUCGAUACCAAUGAUGUACCUCCCGCCCGAAGCCACUCACCUUCCGCCCCCGCUUCCCCAACAUCAGCUACGGCUCGUCGGGGGUCUGUUUUGGACAACGGCACCAAUAUUGGCUCCGCUUUGGGUCGUAAAUCGUCUACCGGCGGCUCGAAACCUAGUAUCUCCAUGACCAACACUGAUGGAGAGAGAAGAGGCAGCUCCGGGAGUGGUAGAGUCAGCAGAAGGGGUAGUAACAUUGUGAUGACACCUGGAGGUGCUCAAGCUGUGUAUCACCAUAGAACCAAUGAUGACAUUGAGCUUCCGCAUGCUGAGAAGAAAACUAUUGCUGAUCAUUUGAGGAAAUACGAGAGCCUCCUGACCCUCACUCCGCAGCGAAUGCGAAUGAUUGUUCACUCAUUCGAAGAGACUUUAGACCUCGGUCUUCAGAAAGAUGGUCAAAUUGUCCCUAUGAUUCCCACCUUUGUUUUUGGGUGGCCUACGGGUAAAGAAAUCGGCGAGUACCUUGCGCUUGAUUUGGGAGGUACCAACCUUCGAGUUUGUCUCGUAACUCUUCAGGGACAUGGUAAAUUCGAAGUCACCCAAACCAAGUACCGCUUAACAGAAGAGCAAAAGCAAGAUGAGGGUCAAAAACUCCUGGAUUUCUGUGCGGAAUGUUUAGACUCUUUCAUUCGUGACACUUUAGGCAGAACUGAAGCAGAUGGUAUCCUUCCGCUUGGUUUCACAUUCUCAUAUCCUUGCUCACAAGAUAGAAUCGAUCACGGAGUUCUCAUCCGAUGGACUAAAGGAUUUGGUGCACCUAACAUCGAAGGUCGAGAUGUUGCCGCCAUGUUCAUGGAAAGUCUGAAAAAAUACGCCGUCCCCGCCGAGCUCACUGCUCUCAUCAAUGAUACCACCGGUACUCUCGUCGCUUCCAACUACGUUGACCCCCAUACCAAGAUCGCUGUUAUUUUCGGUACCGGUUGUAACGCCGCUUACAUGGAGACUGCUGGUUCCAUUCCCAAGAUGAGCAGCAUCGGUCUUCCCAAAGAGCAAGGCAUGGCCAUUAACUGUGAAUGGGGAGCUUUUGACUCCUUUGACCAUCAACAUCUUCCUCGAACCAAAUAUGACAUCAUUAUUGACGAAUCAUCGAACAAACCUGGAGAGCAGUCAUUUGAAAAAAUGAUUGCAGGUCUCUAUCUAGGAGAAAUCUUCCGAUUGAUCAUCUGCGAGCUUAUUGACGCCGGUGAUUUGUUUUUGGGUCAAAACACCUAUAAGCUUGAGAAAGCUUAUGCUUUUGAUACUGCUUUCUUUGAUGUCACCGAUGAACUCCUCACUGUCAUUGGUGUAUUUACCCAUUUCUUUGGUGUUGAGACUACACUCGAAGAACGACAAUUCUUCAGAAAACUUGCUGUGCUGAUCGGUACUCGAUCUGCCCGACUUUCCGCCUGUGGUAUCGCUGCUAUCGUCAGCAAAAAGGGUUAUCUCGACGAAGGGUGUGCGGUCGGUGCUGACGGAUCCUUAUACAAUAAAUAUCCCAACUUCGCCAAUCGUGUCCACACUGCACUUGUCGAUAUCUUUGGUGAGAAGGGUAAAAACAUUGUCACUCACCACGCAGAAGAUGGUUCCGGUGUAGGUAGUGCUAUUAUCGCAGCCAUGACUAAGGCUCGAAAAGACGCUGGGUUCUUCGUGGAAUAUUAA